CAUUGCUAUCUCCGCGAGAAAACUCGUCGCGCAAAAAAAAAAUACUAGAAAUUUUUGACAUCGAAAGCAGCAUACGACCUCCUUGCCGGGAGUUGACAGUGACACUGGCCGUGUGUAAAAAUGUGUUUCUAAUCUGUGCUUCUUGUGUUCUAAAUUCGAAUUUGAAUUUGAAUCCUAGUGUUGUGGUGUUGUGCUCUAACUAAAGUAAAAGGUGCUAAAACUUUUAACGGAUUUCUCUUUACGGAUUUUUUCGGUGAGAGUUUUAUCAGCAUGGAUUUAUUCGAGGCUCGUACCAUAUGUCCCAGCCAGCGAUUGUAAGAGGAAACCUUAUCAAAACCAAAAAAUAAAACGGUGAUGAAGUUUGCAUCACAAAUAUGGAUCCCACUCAGAAAAUUCACGAAAAACGCCACAGAAGAUCAGAAUGGAGGUUCCAAUGGACACAUCUCAUAGCUCUAUUGUAUAUAACAUCUCUAACUACACAUGUAAACUGUCAAAGUCAAGAAAGCAUAACCAAAACAGUUAAAAUAGACAAAGUAGAAACUAAUAACUGCCAUAGCUGUCACAGUAGUAGUAAAGGUAGUGUUAAUGUAGAAAAUGUAGUUAAUAAAACUAAUGUUAGUGAAGAUGAAGAAACGAACGAUGCAGUGGACGAUGUUAUAGAGAUCCUUGGAACGAUAACGAAAAGGUAUAUUCUUGUUAAUGUGAGUGAAACGCAACUUGAAGAAGAAGUCGAAAAUAUACUAAAUAAAGCGCUAAGCAAAGAUAGAUACGAAAUCGCUGAUGGUGUUGAGAUUAAAUCUAUUAAAGGCAGUGAAGAUAGUAAAAAGGAAACAAAUACUGAUGAAGGAAGAGCGCUUUUCAGCAAAUUCAGCUACGAAUACAGAUUGCUUCAGAAGUUUAAGAACUUUGUAGACACUCAUGUUCUUUCUAUAAAUCUGCCUAAAGCUGCGAAGAUGAUGGGAUUCCGAUCUUUCGGCCUAAACAAAUUCUUCGUGCCUCUCCUGAUCGGGGGCCAAGUUCUGCUGAAGUCUAUUUUGUUCGCCAUGUUCCUGCCAAGCAUUCUGGGGAGUUUCGGGAAGAUAUUGGGAAAAGGCAUCUCCCAGCUCUCAGCGUCCUCCAGCCAAGCCAGCUACCCACCAGCUCCCGCAGAUGACCAGACAGGGUACAACAACGACAACAAAGACUUCAUGGGGUACGAGACCAGUCCGACUGGAGCGUACGCGUACCCUAACGACGGGUUCUAUGGAAAUGUAGACCAGGAUGCGAACGACCUCUCUAAUGUUGAUAUGUCACGGUAA